AUGGCUUCCGUGGAAGAAUUGCAGAAGAAGGUGCGUGAGCUGGAGGUGAAACUCGCUGCCGCUCAUGGCACAUCUGAUGCUGUGAGACAGAAAAUCGACUUCAUCUCGGCAGAUGUAGUGGACUCCAACCCUUACAGUCGAUUGAUGGCUCUCCAAAGGAUGGGCAUAGUGGAUAAUUAUCAGAAAAUCCGUAAUUUUACUGUGGCAGUUGUUGGCGUUGGUGGAGUGGGAAGUGUAACUGCUGAGAUGUUGACAAGGUGUGGAAUAGGAAAGCUCAUCCUAUUUGAUUAUGACAAAGUUGAGUUGGCGAAUAUGAACCGAUUAUUUUUCCAACCACACCAAGCUGGCCUAAGUAAAGUUGAUGCUGCUGCUGCUACUCUGUUCCAUAUAAAUCCUGAUGUUGCUACAGAAAGAUAUAAUUAUAACAUAACUACUCUCGAAAACUUCCAGAAUUUUUGUGAUGUUAUUAGUACUGGCGGUAUAAAUGGAGGCCCAGUUGAUCUAGUAUUGAGUUGUGUUGAUAACUUUGAGGCGCGCAUGGCCAUUAACACUGCUUGCAAUGAACUAAAUCAAAAGUGGUUUGAGUCUGGGGUCAGUGAAAAUGCUGUGUCUGGGCACAUACAAUUCAUUGUUCCUGGAGAGACGGCAUGUUUUGCAUGCGCACCUCCCCUUGUGGUUGCAUCUAAUAUAGACGAAAAGACACUGAAAAGAGAAGGAGUCUGUGCAGCGAGUCUGCCAACCACCAUGGGCAUUGUCGCUGGAUUCUUAGCCCAAAAUACACUAAAGUACCUUCUCGGCUUUGGUACAGUGACACAUUAUUUAGGAUAUAAUGCGCUAACUGAUUUCUUUCCAAUUAUGGGCUUAAAGCCCAAUCCCCAAUGCGAUGACAGUUAUUGUCGAAAAAGGCAAGAGGAGGUGCAAGCGCGACCUCCCCCUGUGGAGGUGGCCACCGAAGUCACAGAAGACAAUACUCCUGUGCAUGCAGACAAUGAGUGGGGUAUCUGCUUAGUAGACGAAAAUGUGCCAGAAGAAGACACUACGAAUUUGAAUCUCGCUGAAGGUGUUCACUUGGCAUACACAGUCCCAAUAGACAACGAAACGCCAGAAUCGAGUACGGGUGGAGCUGUCGCCGCAUCAGAAUUGUCACUGGAGGAACUCAUGAAGCAAAUGAAGUCCAUGUAA